UUCAUCAAUCUCGUUCAGGAAGUGGCGCGUGGGAGUUUCUUCAACAGGAAGAGCGAGACACCUUGUUGUUUUUACCCCUACUGGAGCGUUAACUUCCAGCGCUGUUAGAUCUGGAGGGUUUAAUGUUUUCAGAAAAGCAGCAGCCAUGCCUCUGUUCAGGACUGCGAACGAGCGCGUUUUAAGAAAACCUCGACCCCGGCAAUGGAGGCUGAGAAAUCCACAAGACGAAAGAAACUGGAGGACACAUGAAGGCGUUCCGUCUCUGACACGUCUGUGUUUAAUAAGCCUGGCUGACAACAUGAAGGCGCUGUGGGAGAAAGACUACGCCGACAACUACCUGGAUCACUAUUGCUUCAGAUACAUCAUGGGACCUUUCAUCUCGCUUCCCGGCGACCUUGUGGAGGAUCUGAUGUGGCUGCUGUGUUGUAGAAAGAAGCUGUCCCGGGCAGCGCUCCACCUCCUGCUGGUCCCUCAGCUCAAGAGCCUGUCACUGGUCACUUGUCCUAGUCUGGUCACCCCUUCCUUAUGUGUCCACAUUGCUUCCCGCUGCUGGGCUCUGUGGAGUCUGGAUGUGUCUGGAGCUCAGCAGCUACAUUCUAAGUUCCUCUGUGAAACCCUCCGGAGUCUUCCUGCUUUGCGCUCGCUCUCCCUGGCCGGCACACCCUGCGACAGCAGCGUCAUCCGGACGAUCGUCCGCCACUGCAUCUCCCUGCGACACUUAGAUGUGUCUCGCUGUCAUCUGCUUUCCCCAGACUCCCUCCUGCCCCUCGGAGGUGCAGCUUUCAUUCCGUCCUCUCAGUCCCCGUCUGCCCCCUCCUCAUCGUCUCCUCCGGCCCUCGCCAGUCUGCUGGCAAUGGACAUCGGCUUUGGGGAGCAGGCAAUGGCAGCAGCUUAUCUCCUUCUGGCUUUGCCCCGGUUGGAGAGGGUGGCCUUGGAUGAGCUCGGACAGGCUUGCUCUCUCAUCCAACGCAGAGAGUUCUGGAAGGCUGAUGAGUUCGCUGACAGGUUAGGAGUUCCCAGGCUGGAGGAGGUGUGGCGGGAGAGGAUGCAAAGGAGGCCUGGGAGAAAGAGAUGGGAAGCUGAUGGAGAAGAUGAGAUUCAGGGGGAGGAGAUGAUGUUGUGGAAUGCCUCUGAAAGUGAGGAAGAGGAGGUUGCAGAGUUCUGUAAUGUUCAAGAUGAAGCAGGUGUUUCAUCGCAGUCAGACCUGAUCCUGAACCUGCGGGACAUCAAGGGGGUCAGCUAUGACUGUCUGGACAGUUUAACCCGCUUAUGUCCAAAUGUCCACUCCAUCUCUUUGAACACUGCCGUGGACGGUGACGUCCGCCAGGUGUCCAGGUUUGCUUCAAACAUCCGGACGUGGUCGAACCAACUGCAGACUCUUUCCGUCCACUAUCCGGGCCCUUUGGUGGAUCUCCUCCCAGCCUUACAAGUGGCAGGUUCCUCUCUGACCUCCCUGACCUUGGAGGGGGUGAAAACGAGCCCAGAGACUCCUCUACUGGAGCUGAUCAAAAGCUGCCCAAAGCUCAGAGACCUGAACAUCUCUGCUGACCCUCCUAGAACGCUGGGGGAUUAUGGACAAAUACUUGAUCCACUGGAUCAUCCGAAUCUCCCUCAGCUGACAAACCUCUGCUCUCUCAGUCUCAGCUUCUCCUACGAUCACAGCCAGAUGAAGCCUUACAUGUUCUGGUCGUCCCUCAUUAACGUGCUAAGAUGUCUCCUGAUUGGCUCUCCAUCACUGGAGAGGCUCUCCUUCGUCUCGUUGCCGUGCAUUCUGAACGCCAUGCUGCUGGAUGUGCUGAUUGCAGGGAUCUAUGGCAGGCGUCGUGUCAGAGCUGCCGCCAGCUGUAGCCCCGCGCCACUGCAACGGCUGCGGCACCUUGACCUUCGGCGAACAGAUGUGGCAAUGUUAACUGUUAAAAUGAUAAUGCAGCGCAGCAGGGAGCUCAGGUAUGUGGACCUGAGCUACUGCUGGAAUAUCAGCAAGCAGGAGUGCAUGGAUCUGAAGAGGUCGGAUAGAGUUGAGAUUAUCUGGGAGUAGCGAUGUAAAUAAACCUCAGGCUUCAGGGGCUCCAGUGUUUACCUACGAUAUAGAUGCAGUUUUGGAACUUAUUAAUAACUCCAGUUAGGGAUUGUUCAACCAUUUUAUAAUGUGUAUAUUUUCACUCUACACUUAAAAGGCCUUAAAAGAACUCAAAUUGACAGUUUAAAUAAUUGCAGAAGCUAAUCGCAUAUUUUUUUUAUUAUUAUUUGGUAGGAAUUUGCCACCAUGCACCAAACAAAGACGAGCUGAUUUUGCUCAUCUUUUUUUUUACAAACUCCUGACGUAUCCACAUUUGGAAUAAAAACAGUAAUUAAAUGCUGUUUAAAGUAUCCUCUUUUGAUCUAUUUUAAAUGUUUCCAGUGGUCUUUUCAUUAUUAUGGCUGGGUAUCAGCAAUAAUUUCCAGAUUUGAUUAGAUUCAUGAUUUUUGUCUGUUCAAUUUUGAUUUUUGCACAUAUUUCCCACAUUUAAACAUUUGCUUUCACCCUUCCUGUUUUUCAAAAGCUUUCUAUCCUCUCUAAUCUCUGAGGUUCUUGUGAAAGAAGGGUAACGUCACCAGAAAAUUAUGUAUAUAUAUAUAUAUAUUUUUUUUUUUUUGGCAGAAAAGGAAACGGAUAAAGAUCAAUCUCUAGUUUUAUGGAUCGAUUGUUUGUUUACUGGACUCAGAUUGAUUCAGAUCUAUCAAUUCUAUUCUUUAACCCUGGUGCUCCAGUGUUUAAGAUCUUUGAGUUUCUGUCAUUUUUUAUUGUCAUUUACCCAAUGUUUAUGUUUACAGAGAACAUAUUAAUUUGUGUCCUUUUGUUUAUUUUUUUGUAGAAACGUGACUGUUUCAGUUUUAUUACUUUUAAUACUGUAUUGGAAUGCAUUUGCAUUUAAAACAAUGUAAAAAUUGACUCAUAAGUCUAAUAAAAAGGUUGGAUUAUGUAAAUUCUGCAGCAUUUAUGAUCGACCAAGGGCAACCUGCAAUAAACAAGACCAAAAAUA